AGAUUGACGCCUCGAUAAAGAUACCAAAUGGAUGUGGAGGCACCGAAGCCUGAAAUUCUCUAGUUUCUACAACUCAAAGCUGGGUUUAUAUAUUUCACAUUCCUAAUUGGCCUAAAAUAUGAGCUAAUGUUUACCGAAGAUACAAAUCCAUUGAGCGAUAAUUUAAUAUUUUAUAUAUUUUCAACAUUUACCCUUAUCCCAAUAAAACUAGUAAUAUUUAUUAUGCCCCUAUGGUUGAGGCCACAAUGGAAAAUUUCAAGCUCAAACAGCGCGUAAAGCAGCACAGUUUUAGCUUCACUGGGGCAACCCACUUGAAAACCAGGCUAUCCCACGUGAUCCGAGCAAAUCUUAAAUGUUGUGAAUGUGUUGCCUUUGUUUUUAUCACAUUUAUGGCUGUUUCCAAUUUAAAUUUCUUUAGCUUUAUUUCGAGCCACCUUUCAAAAUCGCAUUAAAUUCGCAGUAAGAGUUCCGUGAAUGGAAAUGGCUCCAAAUAAUUAUCAAGAAAUCAUAAUCAAGUUAUUUUAAAGGCAACUGAUAAGAAACGGCACAAAAACAAAGCCAACAAUUAUUUCCCCUUUGUGUGCAAUAAAAUGUUUAGAAAAGAGCCAAUCUCAUUAUAUUCUCAUCGAUUAGCUGACAAAAUCAUGUUCUCCGGCGUCCCAGUUUUUUCCGUUUGCAUUGCACUUAAUGUGAUGAUUCUUUGUCAUGCGGAGACGCUGAAUUUGUUUGGAAACUUGGAGGCUAUUUAUGAACAGGCAGAAAGUGCACUCUCAACUUUACAAGAAUCACUUUUGCAACUUGAAACCAAUGGCACUCUAAGCACAUCCCCUGAUGUGAUUUAUCCAACUUCCUGUCUGACUUCUGGGAAUCUUGAAAAGGGCUUGCACACCCUGAAAGUCCCAGGCUUGAGUCCCUUUCAAGUGUACUGCGAAAAUCAGUUGGCUGGACCCGGUUGGAUCGUCAUUCAAAAGAGGUUCAGUGGAAAUCUGAGCUUCUUUCGCAAUUGGAAGGAGUACAAGAGCGGAUUUGGCAAUCUAAUGGACGAGUACUUCCUAGGCCUCGAAAAGAUUCGUGCCUUGACUGCCCUGGAGCCGCAUGAGUUGUAUGUACACCUGGAGGAUUUCGAUGAUACAAUUAAGCAUGCGAAAUUCGAUGAAUUUGCCAUUGGAAACGAAGAUGACGACUACGCCAUGAAUACACUGGGAAAAUAUUCGGGCACUGCUGGAGAUUCCCUCCGCUCACACCGCAAAAUGAAGUUCUCCACAUAUGAUCGGGAUAACGACCGUGAGUUUAACAAGAACUGUGCAUUUUACUAUCUGGGAGGAUGGUGGUACAACGCAUGUCUGGACAGCAACCUUAAUGGUCAGUAUAUGCCGGGUGGGAAGUACGAGGAGAGCUUGUUCGCCAGAGGAAUGUGCUGGCGAUCUUGGCGUGGCCACAACUACGGCUACAGGGUAACCCAAAUGAUGAUAAGACCCAAGUGCCGAACGAUACCAGUGACUCAUCGGUGAAUUUUGGCAAGGCGGUUUCACGAAUAUUGUUAUUAUUAUUAGCUGUUCACUCCCUUUUGGUUUCAAUGGCUUCGAGAACGUGAAAACAAUUUGUUAUGUACUUGAUUAAUAUGCAAAGGCUGUUCCAUUGAAUCAUCGCAUUUUUGCCGAGCACAUUAAUCAGAAUCUCAAUUAGAACUGCGAAAUAUACUGUAAUUCA